UAUUCUCUCUGGCUUUAAAAGAAGGCUAAAACCCCUGUUCCUGUGCCGCUGCUGAUGAAGAAGAGCAGCUAUCCAACCCACUGAUCCACGCCUCAUCUGCUCUUCUCAGGAUUUUGAAUCUUGCAGGUGAAUAAAAAUGGAUUUGAAACAUAAAGGUAUAACGUGGGUUGGAAACAUGUACCAGAAGUUUGAAGCAGUGUGCCAGGAAGUGGAUAGUAUUAUGCACCAGGAUACGGUUAAAUAUGUUGAAAACCACGUUAGUUCAGCAAGUGAAAAUGUGAAGAAAUUCUACUCUGAUGUUGUUCAAGGUUUACUUCCCCCUAUAGCGGAUCCUGUGAAUCAUGAAGCUCAAACAAUGGCUCAGAGGGGACAUGUUCCGAUUAAUGCAUAUUUCAAGUCACUGUCACACAAUGAAGGAAAAACUGCAAAUAGUGCUGCUAGUAAAUCAUCUGUGGGACAUGGUACUACUGAUAAGAUAGAUAAGUGGAGUCCAGGAUCUUGUAAAGUUACCUUUGUAAAUGAAGAAGUUGCCCAAGUUCCUAGUCAUUCUCUUCUAGAGCUGAAAGCUGAUUUACCAUUGGGAAAGAAUGAUGAUGUCUUGUUAGAUAUAGACUUGGAUGAAAAUAUGAAAGAAAAUACCAUCAAUGAACUACUACUUUCAGAGAGAAGUGAUGGCACAUUAACAGAUAAGCAUGCCUUCUCGGACCCAGGAGCCGAUGAUCCUUUGAGCAACCCACUGAGAAGUGUAAGUAGUGAAAUUAAUCAAACCAACAAAAGAGAUUCUUCGAUUUCUGAGGACUCUGGUCUGCAAUUGGAGGACGACUCAAUUUUAGGGAAUAAUUAUGUGACUGUGAUAGAUAAAGAUGCAAACAAGAGUUCUGAAGAUGCUAGUGAUCCUUUGAUUCAUGUGCCUAAUCUUGCAUCUUGUCAAGUUAAAGUUACAAAUGAAAACACAAUUUCAAUUUUGGAUGAUUCUCAUCUAUCAUUGGAAUCUUCCAUACUCUCAAGGAAGAAUGGUGAAAAGUUGUCAGAUGAAGACUCGUUGGAUGAAGACUCCUCAAAUGAAGAAUCAUCAGUUGAAGAUUUGUCAGAUGACUCAGACAAGUGUUCAAAGAAUGUUGUUAUCAUGGAGCCUGAUGCUAGCGAUCGUUUGGACAACAACCAUCUUAGCCAUGUAUGGAAUGGGACAAACUUCACAAGUAAAAAAGCUACUGUGGUCUCCGAUGAUUCUAAAUCUGAGGUACUUUCUGGAAAAAUCAAUUGUGCCUUGACGGAUAAAGACUUUGUUAAGAGUCCUAUAAAGGAUGCCAUCUUCAAGGACGAUUUUAACAGUGAUUUGUUAAAUCUGCAUGCUUGUAGUGGAGUUAACUUCACCAAUGAAGAAGCCAUUCUGGUUUCUGAUAGUAAUCAUCUGCAGUUGGAAUCUGAGCUACUUCCUGGGAAGAAUGAUGAUGCCUUGACAGAUAAACACUCGAAUGAAAUUUUAAAAAAGGAUACCAUCCUCGAGUUGGAGCAUGAUGCAAGUUAUCCUUUAAAGAACCAGCCAGGAUGUACACUAAGCAGCAUAAACUACAAAAAUGAAGAGGUUACUUCAGUUUCGAAUGAUUCUUUUCCGAAUUUGGCGAGCUCUUUGUCUUGGUGGAAGAAUACUGAAGGUUUAUUAGAAAAAGAAUCGGAUGCAAGUUGUAAAGCACAAGCCAAUUUGAAAUUAUCAACUGACUUAAUUUCCCAGUGUAACGAAGAUUCAAUUAGGGGAACUUUGUGCAAUUGUGAUAAUGAGCGUCAAGAGGAUAUUGUGACCUCAACUGCGGAUCCACUGAAAACUUCAAUUAAUGGUGCAGAUGUUGAAUCCACCCGUAAAGUAGGGCAAGAUUCUAGCAUCUCAGUGAGCAAUUCAGUUAACUUCCCACCAAAGAUGGUGACAACUUCUAAUUACUUUGAAACUGGAACUGGUUAUUCUUCUAAUGCUCCAGAUGCUACUUCUUCCGAACUGGGUUCACUAGGUUUAACUUGUGGGAAAAUUGUAGAAGAGACAAGGUCAGUCUCCGCUUUGAAAUCCCAACCAGAAGAUUCUCUUUCUGCUUCCAGAAGUUCAGUUAAAAACUUCUCUAGUAUCGGAAAACCAGCCGAUCGUGAAACUCAUCCAACUUUUGAAGUGGUCACUCGUGCAUAUUAUGAAAACAAGACUUUGGAGACGAAACUUGCCUCCUCCAGAAGCUCCUCAUUAUCAAUGCAAUCACAUGAGGAUCAUGCUUCAAGAGUCAAUGGAAGUGCAUUUCUUCCCAAAUUCUGCACCAAUGGCGAUGUUGAGUUUUCCAAAUCUACUAGUUCUGAGGCUCUAAAUUUCUCUACUGAAAUAGGUUGUCCAUACAAUUCCAGUGGCUAUAUUCCGGAUGCUGAAAUGGAAACAGUGGAUUUGGACCAUGAGGUGACCCUGAAAGACGGGUGCAACAUUGUGGACUGUAGAGAUCUCCAUGCUGUCUCUCGCAGAACCCAAAAGCUCCGUUCUUAUAAGAAGAGAAUCCAAGAUGCUUUUACUUCCAAAAAGAGGUUGGCGAAGGAGUAUGAACAGCUAGCAAUCUGGUAUGGAGAUAUUGAUCUGGAACUCACUACAGACAAUUCACAGAAGCUGGACAGGAAGAAUUCAUCAACUAGUUAUGGAUCUGACUCUGAUUGGGAGCUCCUGUAAAUAAAACAGCUAAUUCAGUUUAAGAUUCAUCAGAAUGGUCAAUAUGAUGGAGAUGAAGAGGAAUCUACUCUGUAAAUAAAUACUCGGGGUUAAGAUUCAUAACUUUAUCUACUAUGAGUGCAUAACAAAUUCCAAAAUAAACGAGUUGCAAGAAAUUUUGCAAAUAUCAGCAGUCAGCACUGUUUCUGGGCUGUGACUGUGAGCCUAUGGUAUUUUAAUUAAUUUAUUUAAAUAAAGCUGUUUUGUUCAUUCUC